AUGGACACCGAAGCCACGAGACCGACGAAGAAAGCUCGCAGGGAUCCAAACUCCUUUGCUGCCGCAGAGAACCCGAGGGGGACGCCAGCGGCAGGCGGUGAGUUGCUAAGCUCUCCGGAAAAGGAAGAACGCCAGCGAGUCCGCCAGGCUGCGGCAGUCUACGAGUGCAGCCUCCGCAAUGACUUGAGAAAACUGGAGUUUGCCAUGCAGCACGCCCGAACUUGCCAGGGAGCUUUGCAGACAGCCUUGAAGCACGAUAAGAUGCUGUACAGCCAUCAGGAGCAUAGGCGUCUCUCGUCCGUCAAAGUGCGGCCGCCACAUGGCGCACACAGCAACGUCAAUCCGGAGAAGAGCUCCAUUUCGGAAUUCCUUCUUGCUGCUACAAGCUCCUGCACAGCCUUCGCCUUCGCGAACAUGCGACUCCUGCUCCACACAGUGGCCCAGCAGGACUCUACUUUGCAAAUGCUUUUGGAAAGGAACCAAGGAACGGCACUUCGUGCUAUAUGGGGCCAGGAUGAGUGCACGGCCGGGAAUGUCUUGGCCUCAGAAGCUCGGCAGAAGGUUACAUUCCUCUAUGUUUCCUUCCAGCAGUAUCGCGAAGCCCUCGUCUCGCCCCGCGCAUGGAUGGCUAUAUCUUGCUUAGCGCACGAACAAGUUCAGAGAACCAAGGGCGGGAUGGCUGCAAUCACUGCUGUUUGGCUGCGAGAGUGGGCACGACAAGACCUGCGAACGCCUUUCCAAGUGCAUGGCGUGGACGUGUGCAUCGAGCUCGCCACAUUUCUUGCAGACUUCGAAGCAAUGAAAGCGAGUUUCGCUGCUCUCGGGUCCUCGGGCAUUCGGCCUUGCUUCCUGUGCGAGAAUGUGGUGAUGAAAGGAAGUCCCGCACCUGACAGGGACCCUCACUUCUGUUCGAUAUCUGAAUGGGAUGUGACAAAGUUCAAAUCCAUGAAGCAUGAGGAGGUGGUGGGCUUCAUGGACGACGUCUUCGCCAAGCUUCCCGAACUGAAUGCCUCGGCUUUGCAACUUCGAGAACGAUGCUCGGGGUUUCACAUCCUCCGAGAGAGCUUGUGGGGCUGCCCAACUGGCCGUCACCUGCUGAAACUAGACAUGGUCAUGAACGACAACAUGCAUUGCUAUUUUGCACAAGGCAUCGCCUCGCAGGAGCUGGUGUUGUUUACUUCGGCGGUCUGCGACGCCACGGGCUUUUCCGUUGCGCAGCUGGGCAAAGCCGCUGCCGACGCAGGAUGGCUUCGACCGGCUUGCUACCGGAAACAUGGUGAGUCCAAGCAUUGGCUGGCCAGGCUCUUCAGAGAGUCGCUUUGGAAGGGCAACAUGUUCAAAGGCUCGGCCAGCCAGUGCGAGUCUUUGGUACUGCUGAUUCGUUGGUAUGCGGUGGCACUCCAAUGGAACGCAGUGCCGGCCCUUCGCAAGCAAUAUGAGAGCUUCAAGCAGCUUGCUUUGUGCGCGGAUGCUUUGAAGAGCACGUCCCGCACGAAAGCUUGGGAUUCCUUGGCCACGGUCCAAAGAGAUCACAUGCGGUGUUUCCUUGCUGCAUACCCGGACGGGCAAGAACGGCCGAAGCACCAUCAUCGGCUUCACCUUCCAGAACAAUAUAAGAAACAGGGCUUCCAGUGUGGUUGCUGGGCCACCGAAAGCAAGCACCGGAUGUAUAAGGGAGACUUGGCACGCCAAGUGCAACAUUUCAUUCAGUCCAAGACUGGGGGCGUCGAGCUAUCCAGGCAGCUACUGCCGAAGCUGUUGCUCCGGCACUGCGGCCUCGCGACGGAAAACCCAUUGCUGCUGGAUGGGCUUUGGAAGCUGGAGCAGACAGUUUCAGCCCAGCGAGAUUGCAUUGCAAGCUCCUUUGCUCUCGGGGAAUCCGUCGUCGCCAAGCAGCUGCGGGCAGGCAUGCUGGACGUCAGCAGAAACGAUGUCCUGCUGCACGGGCCGCAGUGGAACAUGGCUGUUCUUUGCCACUUCUUUUGCGAGUGUGCAAAUGGUUCCCUGAGGAUUGGGUGCACUGCUUUAGAGCUCGUGUGGAAAGAUGAAACGCAAAGGGUCUUUAAAAUGAGUCCACAAGCGAUCCUAGUAGCCUGGCAAGACUUGCAGCUGCCAAGAUUGCCAACCUGGCAUCGGAAAGAUGUCGAGGAAUUCACUUGCAUACUCUGA